UAUCUGUAUUCUUCAAUCUUUAAGUAAUACUUUAGAAAUGCGUCGAAAUAUAUCACGUUCUUCGCAUCACGAAGAAAAAUCGGAAAAAUCUUCACGAGGCGAAGAGUACGGUGCUUCACGUCCAAAAACAGAAGAAGAGAAGAUGCAACGGAGACGCGAGUGGAUAAUCCAACAAGAACGGGUACGGGAACAUGAACGAUUGAAAAGAAAAAAGAUUUUAGAAUACGAACUUCGACGGGCUCGUGAAAAAGGUUUACCGCCUCCGAAACUUCCAUGUCAUAGUCCCAGUAGAAGUAAAAGCAAAUCUCCACAAAGUCGGCAUAGAAGAUCAUCCACUUGUAGUUCAACAAAAACUCCGGUUCUUUCUGAAAGACUAGAGUCAUCGGAUGGAACAACACCAUUAUUUAAAGGACCAGAAGGAACACAAAUUAGUGCUACAGAGCUACGAAGAAUCAAAGUAGAUAUUCAUAGAAAUAUACCUGGAAAAUCAAAUACCAUGGAUCUUGAAAGGGAUAUUGUCAAUCCUGAAGAUGUGGUGGUGAAAAGGAGAGCGGGAGAAGGAGCUAAACCAAUAUUUGAAAGAGAAGAAAUAAAAGGAUCAGUAACUAGAACAGAAGAAAUUGAAGAACAUCGUACUGUAGUGACUGUAGAUAAUGAAAAUUUAGAAGGCAACUCAAAAAGAUCUAAAAAGCGUUUGACGUCCUUGAGUCCUGUCAGAACCCAAAAUCACAGUCCCCGAUGUACAUCCUCUCGUCACACUAGGCAUGAGGACUCCAGACGUGAUGAUAGGGAAAGUUUCAGAAGUGAUAGGGAAUGACAUCGUAGUAGGGAUAAAAGUAGGGAGUAUAAAGACAGUUGCAGGGAGGAAGAUAGACGACAUGUGCAUUCUCAUAGUCUAGAGGACGAACGUAACAGAAAAGGUCGUCGUGAUCAUUCGCGUUCUAGAGAGAGAGACCAAAGAAAAUGGAACAGAGAUUCUCGUUAUAAAGAUGAAAGGUCUUGUCGAGAGUAUCGAAAGAGAUCGAGAGAACGUUCUGAAGAGAGAAGGAACAGAGAUAGAUCUAGAGAACAAAGAGUUCCACCGCCACAUUAUAUUGAACAAAUUCCUGUUCCUAUUUAUUACGGAAAUUUUCCACCAAGGCCAAUAUUGAUGGGACCUUUGAUCCCAAUUCGUGGGCAAAUGCCUCUCAGAGGUGGUAGACACCCUUCUAUGAUGGCACCAAUACGGCCAUUCCCACCAAGAUUUAUUUCUUCUGACGUAUAUAGAUUACGUCCACCCUCUAAUCCUAGAUUUGGGCCUAUGUUUUAAUGAAACAGUCUGCGAUAAAAUCGUAUACUAAUUAAGGGUUUUCGACAGUACAUCAUUGUAUAGUACCUACACCUUAAUACUUCUGAUAUACCAAAUUUCAAUCUAUUUGAUCACGACGAUAGAUUUUAUUGCGUUUGGUGAUGUAAUAUAUCCAAUUUCGGAUUCAUUUUAUU